GGCAGAGCGAGAGGAGAGAGAGAGACGCGGCGACGCGAACGCGAACGCGAACACGUCCCAGUCAAGUUCAGGCAGUGGUGUUGGAAGGAGCGUUGGCUCGCGCAGAGACAGACUUCUGUCUCUCAACUUGAUUCCCGUGCGGGUUUCAACAGGAAGACCGCGUGAGUUUCGCCGACGCCGUGGUGUGUUGGGGCGGCCGUUCCAAAGUGCACAAGUGGAAACUUUGAGGAAGUUGUCAACUUUCUCUGGCGCGUCGCGGGCGACAGUGCUCGACUCAUCGUUCUCGGCGGAUUGUGCUUCAAGCAGCAACUUAAAGUGUGAAGGAUGGCGGACAAGGUGGAACCCGUGGAGGCCGCGGUGGAGCCCGAGGCCGAGGCGCUGUUCGGGCUGCUGGACGUCGUGAUCCUCGCCGCACUGGCCGCCUUCGGCAUCUGGUGGGUCAUGAGCAACAAAAAGAAGCAGCAGGAGCAGGCCAACGCCCACAAGUCGUACUCGUUGCAGCCCACGUCGAUGGCAGCCGCCGCCACCGACAACUCGUUCCUGAAGAAGCUGAAGACCUCCGGGCGGUCGCUGGUGGCGUUCUACGGCAGCCAGACCGGCACCGCUGAGGAGUUCGCCGGCCGCCUGGCCAAAGAGGGCAUCCGAUACCAGCUCAAGGGCAUGGUGGCCGACCCCGAGGAGUACGACAUGGAGGAGUUGGUGAACCUGAAGGACAUCCCCAACUCGCUGGCCGUGUUCUGCCUGGCCACGUACGGCGAGGGCGACCCCACCGACAACGCCAUGGAGUUCUACGAGUGGCUGCAGAACGGCGACGCCAACCUCACCGGCCUCAACUACGCGGUAUUUGGUUUGGGCAACAAGACCUACGAACAUUACAAUGAAGUGGCAGUGUAUGUCGACAAGCGCCUGGAGGAGCUCGGAGGCACCCGAGUUUAUUGUUUGGGCCUGGGAGACGAUGAUGCAAACAUUGAAGAUGAUUUUAUCACUUGGAAGGAAGGCUUCUGGCCUGCAGUGUGUGAGCAUUUCGGUCUUGAGACUAUGGGAGAGGACGUCAGUGUCCGCCAGUACAAGCUGACAGAGCACUCCGAAAUUAAUCCUGACCGUCUUUACACUGGAGAGGUUGCUCGUCUUCACAGUUUUGCUAACCAGCGCCCACCAUUCGACGCUAAGAAUCCUUUCCUUGGAACUAUUAAGGUGAACCGCGAACUACACAAGACAGGCGAUCGCCAAUGUAUGCACCUGGAGUUCGACAUUGAAGGGUCUAAAAUGCGCUACGAUGCUGGUGACCAUAUUGCACUCUAUCCCGUUAACAACAGCGAAAUUGUCAACAAGCUUGGAAAGCUCCUUGACGCUGAUUUGGAUACUGCCAUAACUUUAACCAAUACUGAUGAGGAAUCGAGCAAGAAACGUCCAUUCCCUUGCCCAACAACUUACCGCACUGCCUUGACUCACUAUUUGGACAUUACAUCUAACCCACGUACUCACGUGUUGAAGGAACUCGCCGAGUAUACCAAGAACAACAAAGAACAAGAAAUGCUUCGCUUGAUGGCCAGCACAUCACCUGAGGGCAAAGCUCUUUACCAAGAUUGGAUUAUCCAAAAUAAUAGGAAUAUUUUGCACAUUCUUGAAGAUUUGCCAUCGUGCAAGCCCGAAAUUGACCAUGUUUGUGAAUUGCUUCCUCGUUUGCAGUGCCGCUAUUAUUCCAUUUCAUCAUCACCUAAGCUGUACCCAACAACUGUUCAUGUUACUGCUGUUGUUGUGGAGUAUGAGACUCCUACCAAACGCAUCAAUAAGGGUGUUGCCACUACAUGGCUGAGGGACAUGAAGCCUGUUGACCCAGAAAAGAAGUUCUUGGUUCCCGUUUUCAUUCGUAAAUCCCAGUUCAGGCUUCCCACCCGGACACAAACUCCUAUCAUUAUGAUUGGUCCAGGCACUGGCCUUGCUCCCUUCCGUGGCUUCAUUCAGGAACGUGCUCUGGCAAAGGAAGAAGGCAAACCUGUUGGUGAGACCAUUUUGUACUUUGGAUGCCGCAAGAAGGCUGAGGACUAUCUUUAUGAAGAAGAGCUGGAGGACUAUGUCAAGAAGGGCGCUCUGAAGCUUCACCUUGCUUUCUCACGAGAUCAAGCACAAAAGGUAUAUGUAACCCAUAAGCUUAAUGAAAAUGCUGAUGAAAUUUGGCGUGUUCUUGGUGAGAGCAAUGGCCACAUUUAUGUAUGCGGUGAUGCCCGAAGCAUGGCCAAGGAUGUACAUAACAUUAUUCUCAAGGUAGUUCAGGAGAAGGGUAACAUGAGUGAGCAGGAAGCAAUUGCAUAUGUGAAGAAAAUGGAGGCCCAGAAACGUUACUCAACUGAUGUCUGGAGUUGAGCGGUAUUUUGUGAGGGUCUGUGCUGGUCACAGAACAGAAUAAUUCUUGCCAGAACUGCCAAUUUGAUGUCAAUGAAUGGGAUCAAUUUGUCAAGGUAUCUCUCUUGUAUGGCUUUAAGAUUUUGUUCUUCAAUAUUAUCUUUUGUUUAUUUUUUUGUUUUUCUGUUGUUAAAAAAAUCAGUGUACAAAUCUUUUAAUGUUAAAAUUCUAUGACAUUUUAUUUUUGAAAUAGCUAAGUCACAGAGAGUGAGAUAUUUGAAGUUUCUUUUAACAUAUGUGUAUUAGAUAAUUACCUCCAGAAUAUUUGCUCAUGUUUAAAUUUAUUUGACAUUCCACUUGAAUGAUGAUUUUCUAUGUAGGUAGAGAACUGUUAUGCUUACCAUGUUGGCUAUUUUUUUAACUUAUACUGUGUAUGUGUGUAUUGUGAAAUUGAGUGUGUGCUUGACUAUGAGUAUGAAGUAGGCUACUUAUAGCCUUAGGAUGCUAUUCUUCCAUUGCAAUGUGUCUUACUUUCAAAUGUCAGGACAGCCUGACUUAUUGUGAUAUUCUAAAAAAAAAAAAAUUGAAAAAAAAUUACAGAUUUAAUCAAUUGUACAUGUGAUUCCCUCCACAUAGACCACAUGUCUGUAAUUUUCAGUCUCAUUUCAUGGGCAUGGGGGCUUUGAAAGUAUUCAUCUUGUAAAUCAAACUGCUGCCAAUCUGUCCUUCAGUACUUAUGAUCAAGUUUCUUAGAACAAAUUUUUUAAUCAAAUUUUAUCAAUAUCCGUUGUUUUAGAAUUACCUUGUUUAUACUGUGUGUUCCAACAUCGUUACUCUAUUGUUAAUAGAAUUUAUGGGUGAAGCUCUAGGUAGCCUAUUUACAGUUGGAAGAGUACUUCUUCACAAGGUACAAAUGAUGAAAAGGUGAAUGUAUAUAUAAAAAUGGCAAAUGAUAGUUACUGGGAUUUGUCUCAACCUUGGAAGAGGAGCAAUCUCUAUUUUUUUAAGCAAAAUUGGACUACAUUUUUUAAUGGAUUCAUCAUGUUAUUUAUGAAAUAGAACUUGUAAAUCUG